UAGACACCAUAAACCCCUGACUGGCCCCAUCAAAUUACCCCCUCUCGAUCCAGAAUCGAGCUUAUAGCCCAGACUCCUAUCCUUUCGUCAGUAGGAUCACAAGGGGAAUUCUAUCAAAGACGUCAACUGCUGCCUUGGCUGAUCUGUUAUAUUUCGGUUUUCAGUAUUUCAUCAGAGUUGUGACAGCUCCACCGAACUUCAGUUCCUGCCAAGCACAAAUCAUCACUUCAGAAACCUUUUUAUUGCCUUUACUUCCAACCUUCCUUCGUGUCUAAUACUCCUAUUCGCUCUCCUGAUAAGGAGCUAUAGCUUCAAAGUGCAACUCUAAUCCCUUAUUUGGCAUAUGUCUCCACAUCAUUCUUUUUCAAACCGUCAUGUCGACUAACAACAUUCUUAUCUACAUCGUACGCCACGACUUGCGUGUCUAUGACAAUCCUAUCUUGCAUCAUUUCGCUUCUACUUCCGAUCAUGGCUUUACCCAUAUCUUGCCCCUCUAUGUCGUGCUUCCUCAUCAAUUCGAGGUUUCGGGGUUCUUGAACGAAGGAGCCCAAUCACCUUACCCUGAAGCUAAGAGUAAGAUUGGGCGCUAUUGGAGAUGUGGGCCUCAUCGAGCAGUUUUUAUCGCCCAAUCAAUCUGGAAUUUGAAAGAAAACCUCGAGAAACUAGGCAGUGACUUGGUAAUUAGGAUAGGAGGAUAUGGUGAAGUGCUGAAGACACUUGUUGAUGGAUUGCGACAGGACGAUGCCCAUAUCGGGGGUGUAUGGACAAUAGGGGAGGAAGGUUACGAGGAGGCACAAGACGAGAAAGCAAUAUCAGAGACUUGCACAAACCUCAAUAUAGACUAUCAACAAUGGGUUGAUGAGAAGUACUUUGUUGACGAUCGGGACCUAAAGCUCGAGACUCCCGAAGAGCUUCCAGAUGUCUUCACUUCCUACAGGAAAAUGAUGGAGCCGCUUCGAGAAAAACCCAGAUCAAAUCUGCCCGCCCCCUCAAAAGACACGUUGCCCAAUCCCAUCGACAAAUCUAAGAUCCCUAGUCAACAAGCACCUUUCGAGAUCCCGUCGUCGUACGAAGAAUUCGAAAAGGCACUAUUGCGUCCAAUCAAGGGUUCUAUGUAUGAAGACCGACCAUUACCUGAAGGAGCUGAGUCAGCCCACCCGUUUCGCGGUGGAGAGGACAGCGCUCACGACAGGCUAGAUUAUUUGAUCAAGUCUGGGAAUGCUUACUCGUAUAAGAAUUCACGUAAUGGGCUGUUGGGAAGUGACUUUAGUACGAAGCUGUCUGCCUACCUCGCGCAAGGGUGUAUGACAGCUCGUCAGAUCCACAAUAGACUUGUGGUGUAUGAGGAUGGGGAAGAUGAGUCGAUGAACGAGGCCCAAGGAUAUGGGGAAGGCGAAAACGAUGGAACGAAAGCUAUACGAUUCGAGUUGCUAUGGCGUGAUUACAUGAGGCUUUGCACAAGAAAAUUCAAGGAGAAGCUCUUUUCCAAAUCCGGAUUUCGAGACGAUCAUAGCGAUAAGUGGAAAUCGGCCAAGGAGGGUAGAGCUACAGAAGGCCAAAAAGAGUCCGCGCUUGAGAUAUCUAGGAUCGUGAAGCGGAUAUUUGACGGUACUACCGGGAUGGGGCUUAUCGAUGCUUCGCAAAGGGAAUUACUAUAUACGGGGUACACGUCGAAUCGGGCCCGACAGAACGCUGCUAGCUUUCUCGCCAAGCAUCUUAGCAUCGACUGGCGAUACGGCGCGGAAUGGUACGAAAUGUGCUUGAUCGACUACGACGUCUCGUCAAACUGGGCAAACUGGCAGUAUGUGGCUGGAGUAGGUAAUGACCCGCGAGGGGAGGCUCGGAUUUUCAAUCCUGUAAAACAAGCCUUCGACUACGAUAAAGAUGGAGAAUAUGUACGUAGCUGGGUGCCGGAGGUACGGAAGAUUGAGAAGUUGGAAAACGUUUUCCAGGCUUGGACAACGCCAAAAGAGGAGUGGGACCAGCUUGGCCUAAAAGGUCUCGAGAUGGCCGAAGACCCAAUAAAGAAGAUCGAAUUCUCUGUGGAAGGCAAACCGAAGAAUUCAAGACGACCUUUCAUGCGCCGGCGUGGGCAUGGGCGUGGGGGUAGUAGUCCGACAUCCCAGGUACCGCCCACAGGCCCUGGCGGUUCCAACAGUCCCGUCGAAAAUGAGAAGACAACGAAUGUGCAGCAGGGCAACAGUUCCCAACAGACUACAACCGGUGGUCCUCGUGGUGGUCACCGCGGCGGGCGCGGGCAGGGUGGGGUGUAUCGAGGUCGUGGCUACCGUGGCCCGAGAGGAGGAUAUCGCGGGGGCCGAGGUACUUCUUCUCAUGGCUACGGUCAACCACGGCAGCCAUCGGUACCUGUAACUCAGCCCCAACAACAAACUCAAUAGAAUUGGGUUUAUUACGGGCCGACCUAUUACAACCACCUCGAUUAUCAGCAACGAUGCCACAAUCUUUAUGAGGGGUUAUGAAUAUUACCAGCCUCCUUCAUAUAUGUAUUACUGUGCUGGCGCAUUCAUGGAUGGAGGGAAGAUCAUUGAAAUGAAAUAAAAUGAUCUGCGUUAAGAUAUAUAUGGUCAGAUGUAUUCAGUUGCCUAUUGGCUUUUUUUUCUUUCCGAGAUGAUCAUAUCUAGCAGCAAUCGGGGAUAAUAAAAUAAUUGCUA